AUGGUUGAUUGUUUAGUAACCGUUGCGGGUGGUGGAGAGGAGGAAUUGAUCAAGUGUCUUGCACCUUCCUAUAGUGGUGCAUUUGAACCGGAUGGUCUCAACUACGUCAUGACGGUCUUAAUAGGCUUGAUCAUUCUGGGUAGUAGCGUUAUGAAGCGUCACAUUAUGAAUGCGAAUCUGAUGCGAAAUGUCUCGGAUUUUACCGUUCAUAUUAGUACUGGACAGAACCUUUGCCGAACUGAGAGCGUCAAAAUGCGAAGAACCAGCGUUCACGAAACGUUCUAG